AUGAUUGUCUGUUCGCUUGGUGGGCGUCUUCUUUCAUCAUCCUUCUACACGGUAAAUGGUACGGCGGAUUGUUCGAACAACGCUACUGGACCAAUCUACGAAGCUUAUUGUGGCAAUCCGGAAAUUGCAACUAACAAAUCUUGCGAGUUCUUUUACAACAACGAAUUAGAAUACUAUCCUGCCAUGCCUGGAUUGAGUUCGAAUAAAUUUUUCGAAAACUUUCUUUCAUCGUUUUACCGAAACAAAGGCGAAGCUUAUGACAACGUGGAUUUUCCUCCAAAGCGUGAAUAUGGCCAAGGUCCCAACGUUGCCGAUAUGAGCACCAGUUUCAUGAUACUCCUGGGCAUAUAUUUCCCAUCGGUGACUGGUUAG